AUGACUGUUCCGUCAUCAAAUGAUGACAGUUUACAACUACAGUUCACUUUUGAAGAAGAAUAUAACGAACUCAAUGCUCAACUGGACGCUUUAUCAACAUGUUUAGAUAUACUAGAGGCGAAAAGUAAAAAACUCUGCGAUGAAGCUAAACACUUGGUACUUGAAUACAAAGAGCAAAGAAAUGAAACUUCAUUGGCAUCUUAGCCUAGUUAAUCGAAAUGAGAUAAUAUUGGAAACAACUCAUUGUUUUUAUUUUUAUUUUCUUUUAAAUUUUGCUUGAAUUAUUCAUUUCCAUUCCAUAUGUUUAUUUAUUAUUUUUAUUUUAUUUCUUCUUCACUAUACAUCUUAUGAUUUUUCAAUUUGUGAUCAGUUAAAUUAUGUGAUGAGCACAUUUUAUAUGUAAUGUAUCCCAUAACAUUCCUAAGAAAAGUAAUAAUACUGAUUGGUCAUUAGUAGGCUGAUUUGUUUGUUUGAAUAA